AUCUUCCUUGUUUAGUGUUGAGGCGAUCGAGUACGUCGAUAAUAGAGUAUCAACCUUCCCUGGGGUACAGGUCGCCGCUAGACAUGCCAAAUAAGACUAAGAAAGAAAAGACGACAACCAAGACAACGGGAAGUUCCAAAGCUGGCGGAAAAGAGGGAUCAGAGAAUGCGGAAAAUGAGGCUGCCAAAAAGAAAGCUCAGCAGAAUAAUGACACCCAUCCACCUCCAGCCCAAAUAAACAAGAUCAAGUUCACAGGACCCCCUCACGUGAAAAAGGACAAAAGACAAAACUCUUCACGAUUCAAUGUUUCCAAAAACAGAGAACUGCAGAAGUUGCCACCUCUCAAAGAGGCAACACCAGCCGAAAGGGAGGAGCUGUUUGUCCAGAAGAUCCGCCAGUGUUGCGUGCUCUUUGACUUCGUGCAGGAUCCACUCAGUGAUCUGAAAUGGAAGGAAGUGAAAAGGGCCGCUCUCAACGAGAUGGUGGAGUAUGUCACCCAGAACAGAGGAGUGAUCACGGAUGCCAUUUACCCGGAGGUCAUACACAUGUUUGGGUCAAAUCUGUUUCGGACAUUGCCACCAUCGUCCAACCCAAGCGGGGCUGAGUUUGACCCCGAGGAAGAUGAACCCACUCUAGAGGCAGCCUGGCCACAUCUACAGCUGGUGUAUGAGUUUUUCCUCCGGUUUCUUGAGUCUCCGGAUUUUCAACCAAACACAGCAAAGAGAUACAUAGAUCAGAAGUUUGUUCUGCAGCUUCUCGAUUUAUUUGAUAGUGAAGAUCCCAGGGAAAGAGAUUUUUUGAAAACAAUAUUACACAGGAUAUACGGAAAGUUCCUGGGUUUGCGGGCAUACAUACGAAAACAAAUUAAUAACAUAUUUUAUAGUCUUUUUUCCAGGUUUAUUUAUGAAACAGAGCAUCAUAACGGUAUUGCAGAAUUGUUAGAAAUCUUGGGAAGUAUAAUAAAUGGGUUUGCUCUUCCUCUGAAGGAGGAGCACAAAGUAUUCUUGCUGAAAGUAUUACUCCCUCUGCAUAAGGUGAAAUCUCUAAGUGUGUACCACCCUCAGCUGGCCUACUGUGUGGUGCAGUUCCUAGAGAAAGACCCCAGUCUCACAGAACCAGUUAUCAUGGGACUGUUGAAAUUCUGGCCCAAAGUGCACAGUCCAAAAGAGGUGAUGUUUCUGAACGAGCUUGAGGAGAUCCUUGAUGUGAUAGAACCAGCAGAGUUCACCAAGGUGAUGGGCCCUCUCUUCAAACAGCUGGCCAAAUGUGUCUCAAGUCCACACUUCCAGGUUGCCGAGCGAGCACUGUAUUUUUGGAAUAACGAGUACAUCUUGAGUUUGAUCAGUGACAAUGCCUCAGCCGUUUUGCCAAUCAUGUUCCCCGCUCUUUACAAGAGCAAGGAGCAUUGGAACAAGACAAUACACGGGUUGAUCUACAACGCUCUCAAGCUCUUCAUGGAAAUGAAUCAGAAACUGUUUGAUGACUGCACUCAGCAAUACAAGGCAGAGAGACAGAAGGAAAAGGAGAAAAACAAACAAAGAGAAGAGGCCUGGACUAAAAUCCACACCUUGGCCAAAGACAAUCCACAGUUUAGAUCAUUAGGGAGUACCACGCCGACGGAAAUGUCGGCCAACUCCGGUAACUCGCCGGUACCCAACAACACAGCAGAGGAUGAGGGGGACAUGAACCUUACCAUGGAAAAAUUGGAAAGCGAGGCUAAGGAGCUGUCUAAGGUUUUUGGGACAUACCGACAUCGUUUUGAUUACCAAGAAAAAACCAAAAGACAAGCCCCUUUUACGACGUAAAUCCGAGUUACCACAUGACAUGACUAUGAUUAAAGCAUUGGAGAGCCACACUAGGUCAGAUGAAUAUCUGACUAACACCUCCGAAAGCAAUUGACGACGAUGGACGAGCGUCUCCAGAGGCAGAAGAUAGCGAGGGAUGGGUGUUGCCUUAGACUAACCGGGGCGGGAGGGAGGGGAUUUGUGGCUUUACCCACCCCACCCUGCUACCCCGCUGACCAAAUAUAGUGAUGAAGAAAGCAUGCAGUUUGAGCGGCACUUAACAUCUGCGACUGAAGUAGUGUAGAUAGAAAACACUGACAUUUUAUUGUACAUAGUCCUGAUUCAUGAUACUGUUUUACUGUUUGUGUACAGGCAUAGAGUGUGUGCUAUCCACCAACAACCUGCCUGUGUGGUAGCUCACACCGUUCCGCAACUAAUAAAGUUCAAACUGCUUGCUUUCUUCCUCCUCCAAGCUUGUAGGUCGGCCAUUUCGGCUUCCAUUAUGAGGUUUGAAAGAGAGGCUGACAAUGAAUGGAAUAUUAGAUGUGUGACGAGGCACUUAAUGUAUUAUUUAUUUACUCUCUGAGAGGCGAGGACCGUGAGUUUGGUGCAAGUAUAUCCGUAAGAGACGUAGGUAGUCAGAAUAUAAUUACUACCAUGUGUUUGAUGUAUUAUCAUUCAUUCGCAUAAGACAACCCACUUACAAUCAGGUGGUAAAUCAUGUAACUAUUGAAUGCGUGUGUUUGUGACUAGUCCAUUGAUUUCACACUGUUUCACUGUAAUCGGCUCACUCACUUGUCACUCUUCAACUUUGAUUGUGCGUGUGCAUGUCUGUACGAGUGUGUGGCUGUAUUAUGUUCAAUCUCCACAUCAGUUCUUUUCUUACCUAUUGGCUCAAUCCUAAUUUAAGGCUCAUGAUUCCAGUCACUUGGUGGCGUUUAUCUCUCAACAUGUGUGUGUUCUUCAUAGAUUAAGCUUCCCAUACUUCUUUCACAGAGUGACUUUUUUCCCUAAGAAAGAAACAAAGCUGUGCAUGAAUAAUUUUUGUACCCCAUUUCUUUUGUUUGUCCAGAAAUUGUUAUUUUUGAAAUCCCUUGAUUGUAUUAUCUUGGGGUUUCUAUUUUUAGAGUUCUGAGUUGUUUGUUAACUGAAAAGCCCUGACUGUAUACCUGAUAUAUUCCAGAAUGAUGUACCAUGUAGCAGAUAAUUGCAUUAUAGAUGUAUUCCUUGCAGAUGCAUACGUUUUAUCUCGACUGUCAAGGAACCCAAAUUAUAGGAUAGAGACGUGUAAAGUGUUGACGAUUUAUCUUUGUAUACUAAUAUUUAAUGUACUUUGUAUUAUAUAGGUUCUGUGCUUAAUAUGCAAACGGUGUCCUCACAUUAUCAAGAAGCAUGUUAUUUUCCACUCGUCCUACUUUGUUAGAUUUUCUUCCUGAUAGUGAGUGCAUGUAAGGCCCAUUUCUUCAAGUCGUCACAUUUCGGCUGCUCAUUAUGGUUAUUACUGAAUAAUUGCUGAUUGAUGAAGAACAUAAAAAUAAUAAUGAACUUUAUGAUAAUUUUGAACAUUUUUUCACUUCCUUAUUGUUUGUGUGUCUGGUUGCACAUGCUAAACGGGAUAUCAGCAACAAAUAUUAUCUUUGUUUCUGACAGCUAUAUUCGAAAAGAGGGUUUUAUAGACUUUGUUUUUAGUGGAUAUUAAUCAUGUUUGGAGAAAACUGUGACUCUAACAUGGUGGCUGUGUUAUAAUGGUUGUGUCUAGUAUUGCUAUAGCAGCAUCUAGAAACUGCACUCGUUAACCAGAAGAAAGUUCAACAAUGUCUGUGACUUGUUAAAUGCCCGGUUGAGAAAAAGUAAUAUUUUAGCUUGUUCGAAUGAGACUGGUAUGCGAGUUAGCGUAUGGGUGUGAGAGAAAUUAUGAGCAAUGCUCAUUGUUAUUGUUUCUGGCUUACUGCAUUAAGCCGCAUGAGUGAUAAUUAUAUGUCAUUGUAUCUAGUGAUAUCAAAGUGGUCAUGAAAUUCUGUCAGCCGUUUUGAGGAUAUUUUUUAUUUUGUUUGAAACAAUCCUUUUCUAACAUUUCACAAGGCAACCGAACAUCUGUGAUUAUCUUCUUGAUGUAAUGUUAGUGCUCGGCAUUGGAGCAUCAGUUUGUAGUGUGCUCCAGCAAGGGAAUGUAGAACCAUGAAGUCUCUUGUGUGUAUAGGAUUCAUGUCAUGAACCAUGUUGCUAUCUCCUCACUGCUUCUCAGCAAGGAGAUGUCAUUUUAUUCAGCAAGAAAGCUUUUAGAGGUAAGGAGUAAUACCGAUUUUAUAAUGAAGGUGUCCUUUUAUUUGCAUAUGAGUAUAAUAUGAAAUCUUGAUAAUCACUUUGUUGAAACUAUAACAAUGUUCAAAUGUGGGACUUUUAAUGUAAUAAAUGCAUAUUUUUAUUAAAGGGUUUCUGUUGUUUUCAACAUUAAUUUAUCAGUGUAAUAGCAAAAUUAUUAGUCGACUAAAGAUACACACAUGGAGGAAUAUCUUUAUACUGAUGUAUGCUACUCUACUUUUGUAAGGGAGGUUGGCAAAAUCAACUGCAGAAGAAGUGCAAAUCUAGUGCAUAGAAAAGUCAUAGGAGAAGUGAUUUUUUCCCUGAUGUUAAUAACUGAAGUACAUUGAUACAUGUCAUUAACACAUCAGAUGCUAAUUUUCUUUGCAAAAGAUGAGUAGUGUACAUGACCUGAUGAAUAGCUAUUCAACAUUGUAGAUAGACAUAAAAGCUGUAUGGGGUGGGGAUCACACUGGUUUCCUUAAAUAUCCACUUCUUCAAUGCUGAUCAAGAAAUUGAAUGUAAAUCUUGUGCACAUAAUCAUAUUCAUAAUUUUUAUAUGUAAUGCACUAAUGACUCGUAUAUAGGGACUGUGAAUUCAAACUGUGACCUGUUUGGUCGGUCAAAAUAAUUUACCACCUUCAAAAUAGUCUCUACAAUGCUGUUAUACAAUUAUAGCUUGUUCAAGGUUGGUGAAACCCUGGUUCUUAUGCAGCUAUUGUAGAUAAAACCUCGAGCAGUCAUUACAUGAACUUAUGUUACCAAAUACUAGUGUUUGAAUCUCGUCUAUAAUGCAACUCUGGGGUUAUGUGAUUCGCAAAGGAAACAAUGCUAAACAAAUGGACCAGGGUGCCGUUGUACAAAACAACCUUUCCACUGUCUGUGUUAAGGUAUGGGAGUUACGAUCACCUUAGCACUAAGAUCACUUUGUACAACGGCAGCCUGGCGUGGAAUCAUACAGUUGUGGGGUCUACUUUGAGUACCACCAAUGGUUGUACGUAAAAGCGUUUUUGGAUAGUACUUGUGCAAAAUAAACAUGGAACAUUAUCAGACUCAUUUAUUCUGUUUUGAACUGAUUAGUAUAACUGUAUUUAUCUUCAUUCCUUCAAAGCAUGCUCAACCGAAACUGGAACUUUCAUUCCUUGACUUGUUUCACAGUGGUCAACUGGAAGUGAAAAUAUUUGACAAACGAGUAUGUAGUAUUAAGGUGAUAGUAUACCUGUUAUGAACAAUAUACAUUUAAUGGUCAUCUCAGAUCAUGUUUUUGCUAACAAAUUUUACAUGCUAACUUAAACAAAUCACACCUCUACUGUUAAUUCAUGUUACUUUUUACUUAAAGGAUCUCUGUCCGUCCCUUCAAAUUUUAAGAUAAAUGAUAAAUACUUUAAAUGGGUAGUUCAUUUCGUUAUCAUGUUUCAAGUGAUAACUGCUGAUGCAUAUAAAACCACAAUUAAAAGCUUAAAUAAAGGCUUAAAUUAUAGCUUAAAUCUUCCCACCAGAAAGGUGUGAUAAGCAUAUAUACAUUGCCUGGUUGUUACAUUGUAUAAUUACUAUGAUUCUGUAAAUAGGGAAUUCUUGACUGACCUUACAGCUUAACUUCUUGGGUCUCAAGUCCUCCAAGUUAUGCUUGGGGAGGUUUAGUGUAAUUUGUUUUAUAUUUGGAUUGUAUGCCUUCUGUUUGACUAUUUGGUUAGGAUCAUUAUUAAAUAUGUAACUGCUGCACAUAAGAUCAUUUUAUUCAGUAACCUCUUGCUAUAUGCAUUGCUACCUGGUAUAGGGUAUGCAAGACAUGCUUAUACAUUGUUUCAAAGAAAGGUGUGGUCAACCUUAUUGGAAAGCCAUUUGCAAGGAGGGAAGAAAAGUUGCUGUAUAGUAUAUGAUGUCUUUUGUGGAAUAAAAUUGCAACACAUUAACAUGAAUGACCUCUUGUAAUAUUGAAGAUGAUGUAAUUUGAUCUUAUAAAAUUAUUACUCUAUAAUGUU